AUCAGACUGACCAAUGCACUGUGUGCGCGUACACGUCCGCCUGCUGUGCGCGCCGUCGUUCCUGCGGAAUUCAGUAGGCUGUGGUCGGACUCCGAAAGGUUCCCACCAAGAAAAUUAUGAACAACAAAUUUGACGCUCUGAAAGAUGAUGACAGUGGAGACCACGACCAGGACCAAGGCUCACCGAAAGACUGUGAGAAGGAAAAAAUCGAAGACGAAGAUAAGGAACAGAACACUGCCAAGAAAAAGAUGGUUGUACCAGGGGUGGGAGAGCACCCUCUUCAGUACAACUACACCUUCUGGUACUCCAGACGCACCCCGGGGAGACCAGCCAGCACCCAGAGCUACGAACAGAAUAUCAAACAGAUUGGCAGCUUUGCCUCGGUGGAGCAGUUCUGGCGUUUCUAUAGUCACAUGAUAAGGCCAGGCGACCUGACUGGCCAUAGUGACUUCCACCUCUUCAAGGAAGGCAUUAAACCUAUGUGGGAGGAUGAUGCCAAUAAGAUGGGCGGGAAGUGGAUCAUCCGCCUCAGGAAGGGGCUGGCCUCUCGCUGCUGGGAAAACCUGAUCCUGGCCAUGCUGGGGGAGCAGUUCAUGGUGGGGGAGGAGAUCUGCGGAGCUGUGGUGUCAGUACGCUUCCAGGAGGACAUCAUCUCCAUCUGGAACAAAACAGCAAGUGACCAGGCUACCACUGCCCGCAUCAGAGACACCCUGCGCAGGGUCCUCAACCUGCCACCCAACACCAUUAUGGAGUACAAGACACACACAGACAGCAUCAAGUAUAGCCUGGGAAGACUUCCAUGGUCUGGUGAAUGCUAGUGGUGCCCGUUAGUCCCCUGACUCUGAGAGUCUGUGCAAGGAUGUGUAUGUGUGAUGUGUUGGGGAUGAAGAGUCCAGAGAAGGAAACCUCUGCAUGGAUUGGCACUGUUGGAGACAGAGCACAGGUCAGGGACAGAGGCAACAAGACCAUUCCUUCUUUUUAUCUCAUGUGGAAACCAUUGGGACUGAAUCGAAAACCCUUUCAACAGAACGUGGAACCAAGCUGUCUGUUUGAAAGAACGAAGUGUUAUUUUUAAUCAGCCAGGGAGGAAGGAAACUGGGGUGGAUCUUUUCUAUUUUUUCUUUUAUAAUUGCAAGUUGCAUCAUCUCUUACUUGCCACCAGAGGGAGACUGUUGGACAGAUGUUUGGGCAUCUGGUCAAUAGCUGUUGACAAAGAAGUGUACUUGACAAAAUACAACAAUACCAAUCUGUGAAUAGAUCUGAUUUUAUUGUUUAACAUAACAUUGCGCCUCCCUCUGAUGAAGUAAAAAAAGUACAUCUAGAUCUGUUUUAUUGGGACUUAAAAACAAACAGGGUUGCAGUAGAUGUUAUUUUAUUAUAGUGCUGUAUUUUAACUACAAAUCCUCUGGUCAUUUGAACUAGACUUAUUGUGUACAAAAUAUAUUUGUAAAUACUGUCCACCUCGAAGAUCACAUAACUGAAUCAGAAACGAUUCUCCAUCUUUGACCUGGAAGAUGAAUCCCAAAGGAUGAGGACCAUCCUGAAGUGGGCGGAAGGUGUGUGUAACCUGCGUCUUUAGAACGGACUGCCAUGCUGCCUAUAUCACUGUGCCUGGCCUCGAGCCCGACCCGAACCAGGUUUCCCUUCUGUGAGUUUUGUCUUCACUCCGCCUGUAAAGAUCCCAUAGGUUGGGCUCUGCUGUAAAAUCCUCCCCACAAGCUGUAUAAGAGCUCUGAAACACUGAUCUGAAAUCAGCAAGCCUGACUCAUCCACCAUCCUCCACUCCCUUCCAUUUUGUACGAAAACAUAUGAAACAUGCCCAGGGUCAGGGCUUGUGGCUCAGUCUAUCUCCUCUCUGUUACAGUUUUUAUCAGUCCCUCGGGAGCAUUUUUUGGAACCGUGUUAAGAAAGCGCCUAUAGUUGUUGCAAAAAAUUCUUUCACGAGAAAAAAAAAACUGUAAUGCUGCCUAGGAUUGAAUGUGUGGUGCUGGGAACAGGUGUGUGUCAAAAGAGAAGAAGCACUGUCUGAUGUACACCUGAAGGAUUAUAGCAAUAAAUGUCAAAUAUGCAUCUGCUGCUA